UUACAUUGGCCCGGUGGCGCCUCGAUACCUGGGCCCGAUACGCUCUCCCCACGAUUGCCUUAUCUCCGUUUGAAACGCAAGAAAACAAGCGUCAUUGGCCGCGGUCGCAUCUCUCAACGGAAACCCGCGAGAGAGGAGAGGUAUUAGCAGGUAUACACGGUCAGGUAGAACUCACGUACGUUAAGGUCGUGUAGCCGGUUAUUAUGUAGCCGAUAUGGCUCCGAGGCAAUUAAUACUAUUGUUAUGAUUCAGACGGAUACGUCAUGUGUGUGUCUGAACGACGAUGCAACGCCGCGUUUUGGUCAGUAUUCGACUAUAAUAAGUUGCAGCCACUCGGCCUCCGGAUCCACACGCUUGAACCGCUUUCUAAAUCGAUGCAUUGGGAAAAAUGCGUGCGCGCUUGCCACCUGGAACGGAUGUAAUUAACUGUUCAGUGUUACGACGAGCGUGCAACACGGUAUGGAAAUAUAAUCGGCUAUAGUGGCACGUUCCCCAAAAGGAAAAGUGAAGAGCGAAAAGGAAUGCAUGGAGUAUGGUGCUGAAGAAAAUUGAAACGCGGUUGAUAAUCGGUUGAUGAUCGUACGUAUCGAUUCAAUGUUGGAAACGGUCGGAUGAAAAUUGCGGUAAGAUUCUUUGACUCGUUCCAGGAAUGAUGGAAGUAGCGUCAAGUCGAACGUGAUAUUCUUCCUUAUACGAUGAGAUUUCGCCGAUAUAGGAGAUAAUAAACGAGCAAUUAUGUCGAAUAAUAAUCUGGCCGAAGGGAGAUCUUUCAACGGUACGUUGAUCCAAGAUGCGAAAGCUAUGGAUGAGAAGUACGAUAAGAACAAUCCGCAAAACAAAAGCAACGAGGAAAUGGUGAAAAAGUCGAGCAAAGGGACUCAGAUUGAUUUUAUCCAAUUGUCUUACGGUACCCAGAGAAUCAGGCCACCUUCAUUGGCUUAUCUGUCGAAACAGACCAGCGAAUCAAAUUAUCCAAGCUACAACUCGAAGAGCUCGUCUCAGAGCGAGUUAGCUCUGUCGCCAAGAAACAAGAACAAUCGUUACGUAGCUUUGGAUAUGAGAUCGAUGAGCAGCCUUCCAUUUUCGAACAGUCAUACCUCGAUAAAUAACACGCCGUACACAUGUUGCUGUACGUGCGCGGGAUCGCCAGGAUCUCCAACACCCUCCUCCAGACAAAUGGAGGAGCAGGACGGUCCUGAAGGUCUUUCGUGGAGGAGGUUACACAUGAGCAGAGCUAAAUUAAAAGCUACCGCAACAACAUCGGAAUUGUUGAGCGGUUUCGCUAUGGUGAGUAUAUAUAUAUAUAUAUCUCGU